UCCCCUGUUUCUCUCUCUCUGCGCUGUGCGGCGGAGCUCCUGGAUCGGGGCGGCGGUUUUUGGAUCGGAUCGGAUUGCGGAUCUAUACCACCCUUUGCUGCCGCCACAUCCAUCCAGCCUUUGGAUUCGAGGAUUGGGGCCUGGGCAGCUGACUUCCACGAGAUCGGUUGCUGAAUCCGCAAAGUAUGGCGGGAUGGUUCAAGGGGACGGUCAAGGCUGUGCCAUCCGGGGAUUCUCUGGUGAUCAUGGGAACCGCCAAGGAAGGAAUCCCGCCAGAAAAGUCCAUCACGCUUUCCUCGCUCAUGGCUCCAAGGCUGGCCCGAAGGGACACCAGCGAUGAGCCUUUCGCAUGGGACAGCCGGGAGUUUCUCAGGAACAAAUGCAUCGGGAAGGAGGUGACUUUUAAGGUGGACUAUGCCGUUGCAAACCUCAACAACAGAGAAUUUGGCUCUGUGUUUAUGGAUGACGCCAACGUCGCGCUUGCCGUUGCCAGCGCUGGAUGGGCCAAGGUCCGACAAGGUGCAGAGAAGAGUCCUUUUAUCGAGGAACUCCUCAAGGCUGAAGAACAAGCACGGCAGCAGGGCCUUGGAAUAUGGAACAAGGAAGCUGGCGAGCGAUCCAUACGCUCAAUCCCCCCAUCUGCAAUCGGUGACACGUCCACCUUUGAUGCCCGUGCUCUCCUUGAGUCCAGCAAGGGGAAGCCUCUUCGGGCAUUUGUGGAGCAAGUGAGGGACGGGAGCUCAUUCCGGGUCUAUUUACUCCCAAGCUUUCAGUUUGUACAGGUGCAUCUAGCUGGAGUUCAGGCUCCGUCAAUGGGAAGACGGGUGGCUCCGGCCAGUGCGGGAGGUGGCGGAGAUGCCAAAGACGCGGAAAACGGAGAGGCAGGAGAGGGAGCAGCGGCACCAACGACACUUACCACUGCUCAGAAGCUGGCAGCGUCCACCAACCUGGAAGCUCCCGAGGAAUGGGCAAGAGAGGCAAAGCACUUCACGGAGUGCAGGAUCUUGCAUAGAGAAGUUAUAAUCGUCUUGGAAGGGACGGACAAGUUCAACACCUUGUUUGGGUCUGUCAAAUACAAAGAGACUGUAGACCUUGCCUUGGAACUCUUGCAACAGGGCCUGGCUAAGUACGCCGAAUGGAGUGCCAACAUGCUGGAAGAAGACGAGAAGCGCCGCCUCAAAGCUGCUGAACUGCAAGCCAAGAAGGACAGGCUCCGGCUGUUUGCUGGAUUCGUCCCGCAGAUCAAUACCAAGGCCAUCAAGAACGAUGUCUUCACUGGACAGGUGAUAGAGGUGACGAGCGCCGACUGCAUCGUUGUCGCCGAUGACGCGAUCCCGCUGGGAAGACCGAAUUGGGACCGUCGUGUUAAUCUGUCGAGUAUUCAGGCACCCAAGAGAACUGAUGCGGAAGCGCGCUUCAGGGAGGCCAAGGAGUUCCUCCGCUCCCGCCUUAUCGGGCAGCAGGUGCGUGUGUUUAUGGAGUACUCCCGGACCAUUACCACCGAUUCCGAGGCCGGAGGGACCCGGCUUCUUGAGUUUGGUUCCGUGUUCUUGUCGUCGGCUCCCCAGGGCGCCGAGGUGUUUGAGCCGCCGCUGCCCGGGCAACCCGAGGGCUUUAACGUGGCAGAGCUGGUGCUGGCCAAUGGACACGCUCAGGUUGUGCGGCACAGAGAUUUUGAUGAUCGCUCGCAUUAUUACGACAACUUAGUCGCUGCCGAGAGAAAAUCUCAGAAGCCCGGGAAGAAAGGAACGCCUCCCAGUGCGCCAGCCCAUAUCAACGAUUUGACUAUGGUUCCGACUCAGACAAGCAAAGCCAAGCAGACGUUACAGGCCAAGCAGGCCUUGCUUGCGAGCAAGGCCAGGCAGUUCUUGCCAUUCCUCCAGAGAGCAAGGCGGCUGUCUGCAGUUGUGGACUUCGUACUGAGUGGUCAUCGGUACAAGCUGUUUGUUCCCAAAGAGACAUGCUUGAUAUUCUUUUCACUCUCGGGAGUGAGGUGUCCUGGGAAAGGCGAGCCUUAUUCAGACGAAGCGCUCGCUUUCAUGCGGCGACGGGUGUCACAGCGCGACGUUGAGAUUGAAGUAGAGACAGCGGAUAGAACUGGAACUUUCCUUGGUAGCCUUUACGAGGGGAAAGUAAACGUCGGUAUCGGUCUCUUGGAAGCAGGGCUGGCUAAGCUGCAGCCAGGUUUCGCGGAGAGGAUCACGGAUGGCCAUCUCCUCAUGCAGGCCGAAGAGCAUGCGAGAACGCAACGUCUCAAGAUCUGGGAGAAUGUUAGCGACGAUGGAGAAUCCGAGAAGCAAUCGACGGACAAGCCUUCCAAGCAAGAAGUCUUGCAGUUUCAGGUGCAAGUUACGCAAGUGCUGGCUGGCGGAUCAUUUUAUGUGCAAGAAGUGAGCGAUACCCGGGCGUCCAGCAUUCAGCAGCAACUUGAAUCGUUGAGCCUUUCUGAAAAGGCAGCCCCCGCGGGUUUUACUCCGGAAAGGGGACAGCUAGUACUGGCUAACUAUGACGGUGCUUGGUAUCGUGGCCUGGUUGUGAACGCUCCAAAGGCUGGCAAGGGUGAAUACGAGGUGUUUUAUAUCGACUAUGGAAACCAGGAAGUGGUUCCUUUGUCUCAACUGAGGCCCAUUGACCCCUCGGUGGCUGGGACGCCAGGCCUGGCGCAGUGGUGCAGCCUUGCCCACGUCAGAGUACCCGGUGAAGGAGAGGAAUUUUGCGAAGAGGCGGCCGAGUUUAUCUGCACAAGCAAGACGAUGAUGGCCAAGGUGGAGGGACGGGACGCGUCCGGCGGCAAGGUCAAAGGCCAGGGAAGUGGGACGCGGCUCAUUGUGACGCUAGUGGACGUUGACACGAGCAUGAGCGUGAAUGCGGGGCUUUUGGAGGCUGGGCUUGCGAGGGUGGAUAAGGCUGGCAAGUGGGACAGCAAGGAGAAGAGGGCCGCCUUGGAGGUGUUGGCGGAGCACCAAGAGAAAGCUCGCAAGGCGAGAUUGAACAUCUGGCAGUAUGGUGAUGUGGAUGGAAGCGACGACGAAGAUAAGGGACCGGGAGCACGUAGAGGAGGACGCAAGUAAGUCCACCCUCGAGGAUUUGAGAGUCAUUUUUGUAGAUUGCAUUGAUUGAUUGAUUGAUUGAUAUGGAAAUUGCCAUGUAGCAAGAUUUCUAUCCA